CGCACAGUCGUCUCUCCUCCUCCUCGUGCUCCUCCUUCUGUCUCACAGACUCAGGAGGAGACUUGCAUCUUUUGCACUUCUUCUGCUUUUUCUCUGAAUUUCAACCUUUUUGGGAGCAUUUUUCUUACACCUGAAGCAGCAGCAGCAGCAGAGUUUACCUCACCUGAGCUCCACAGACGAAGGAAUGAGAAAGACUAAACUGAAAUACAAGAGGUGGUGGUGAACUGGUGACUACGACAGAUCCCUCCAUACUACCAAUGGAUCUGCUCACAAUCGUCAUCUGUCACGUUCUGCUUUUGUUUUUUGAUCCAUCCGCAGCCACAAGCCUCAUCACAGCGGAUAUAUUUGAAGCUAGAGGUCAGCGUGUGUGCAAGGCAGGGAAAGGGAAGCCCUGUUACAAGCUGGCCUACUUCUCCGAGCUCCGGCGGAGGCUGAACUUCGUCGAGGCCGAGCUCGCCUGCAGACGAGAUGGAGGGCAGCUGCUGAGCGUGGAGUCAGAGUCUGAACAGAAGAUCAUAGAGCAGCUCAUCACAGAGCUCCGCCCGACGGAUGGAGACUUCUGGAUUGGUCUGCGGCGCAACGGAGGAGGCUCGGACAGCAGCUCGGACUGCUCGACGCUGUACUACUGGCUGGAUGGCAGCAAGUCCACAUUUAGGAACUGGCACUGGGACGAGCCUUCAUGCGGCUACGAGGUAUGUGUGGUGAUGUAUCACCAGCCUUCUGCACCCCCGGGUCUGGGCGGACUCUACAUGUUCCAGUGGAACGACGACAACUGCGAAACCAAGAACAACUUCAUCUGCAAAUACACUGCAGAGAAGCCACCGGACCUACCCCCCUCUCCCAACUUCACUCAAACAGAUGUCUUCCCUGCAUCUGUGCUGCCAUGGAACCCAAGUGACCACAACCGGGACAGAAGUACAGCUAUGAACUUGGUUUAUGUCAUCAUUCCCACCAUCCCCCUGAUACUGCUGUUGCUGACAGUGACCGGAGUCUGCUGCUUCAAACUGCUUGGCAGACGAAAGAAAAAACAGCAGAAAUCCGAGGUUUGCCAGACGGACCCGGGCCUUUGCCCCAGCCCAGCCCCAACUGACGUCUACAACGUCAUUCGCUCCCAGAAGGACGAUGACCUGGUUUCAACUCGCCCACAAACCAAAAACACCUCCUUCCUCUGCUCCUCUCCUGAUACUCCCACAGGUGACUACGACAACCUGGGCGGUCGGGACACAGAGAGCGGCUUUGUGACUCUUGCAAGCACAGAGAGCUGCUUCCUCAACUUAGACCUCAACGACCACAGCCUCGGACGCCGUGGCACCCGUGACUUCUACGACACCAGCUUGGGCCGCUCAGGAAAGAGGGAACUGAAUGACGGCAGCCUGGGCCGCACGGGGCACAAAGAGUUUUAUGACAGGAGUCUUGGUCGUCGAACGACAAAGAGUGAGCAUUACGGCAGCAGUGUGUACGGGGACCAUGGACUGUAUGACGGCAGCAUCAGUGGAGGGAGUAACCUCUAUGAUCCCAAACUGAGGCCUGGAAGUCAAACAGUGAAAGCCGACCUCUAUCAGACGUACAACGGCAAGGAAGAUAGUUACCAGACCUGCCUCGGAACAUACGGAAACCGAAAAUCCUUCCAAGCUAAUCUGGAUAACUACAGAAAUGGCCUGAAUCUUGAAGGUGGGAGAAGAUACUUCAAUGAACAAGAAUGGAUCAACAGAGAAAGCUACUGAUUCUCCACACAUCUCCUUCUUUGUGUGUGUAUGUACAAUUGUGGACAGGGACAAAAAAACUGCAUGUACGUGGUUGUAAUUGUUUGUUUGGUAUGUUUCUAAAACCUUUCAGGUUAAAAAUCAGGUGUUCAAAGUACAUUUUGUCGCUGUAUCUUUUAAAUUAGUGUGUGAAUGUGUAUGUGUGUGUAUGUGUGUGUAAAGCAGCCUCUUUGCAUGGCCUUGUCAUGCUGCCCUUGCUCUGUUGAAUAUCUAUGGACGUCUUGGACCAUUAUGUUACCUGUGCCUGAAGAUACUGUGUUAAUCACACCCUAGUUUACCUGAUAUUAGCAGGCUACCUCGUACAGAAUGAGACACAAGUGUGUUUUUGACAUGGCCUUAAACUGAAAGAUGUCCUGAAAAAUACACUUAUUCCUUCAUUUUUAAUGGUCUUGUAUAUCUUUUAAAGUAAAUCAAACAAUGCUUUUGAGAGUAAAGGUGGUCAUGCAGUGAAUUCAGCUUGAGUGCCUGCAGCCUGCCCACAGCAGCGGCAUGAUACAGAAGAGAAUGAUAAAAUAUAGCAUCAUAUUGAUAUUAUUAUCUAUUCAGAAUGUCUAAUGCCUUGACAUCUCUCCUGUAAGUGAGAGUGCUUUGUAUGUUUGUUACAUCUUCAAAUAAAAUGAGA